CUUCACACUCCUCCCAUUCAUAUGAUCAUCCUAGAGAGAGAGAGAGAGAGAGAGAGAGAGAUAUGGUGGCCGUGCAAAUGGUAUUUCAAAUCAUUUUGCUCUUGUGUUCACUUUAUGCAAUAUCUGUACAAGCAGCAGCGGGUUUAGCAAUUAACAGUACUUCAUGCCGAGCAAGCUGUGGGAAUGUUAGCAUCCCAUACCCCUUUGGAAUAGGAGCUGGUUGUUACGCUGAUCGCUGGUUUGAAGUAUCUUGCAAUGACUCUUUGGGCGCCUCUCCCAAACCUUUCUUGCGUAAUUUCAGCCUGGAGGUGCUGAACAUUUCAUUAGGAGGCACAGUUCGCGUCAACUAUCCGGCAUAUAUUAUUUGUAUUAAUGGUACGGUGAGAAUACGAAAUGUGAACUUAGAAAAAAGCCCUUUCAUCUUCUCCCAGUCCGAGAACAGAUUCGUCGCCAUCGGUUGCGACAAUUUUGCGUCAAUGGUGUCCUUAAAUGGUUCAAAUACUACUGUUGGUGGGUGCUUGUCAAUUUGUGACAAGAGUAAAGUGAUAAAUGCAAGCAGUUGCAAUGGCAUUAACUGCUGCCAAACCACAAUUCCUUCGGAUCUCGUUGCCUUCUAUACAAAAAUAGAGCCAAUAAAUAAGGACCCUAUCGUUGACUUCACAGGAUGCAAGUCUGCAUUCUUGGUAGAUGAAAAGUGGUUCCAGAAACGUGGUUUAAUUAUUAUGAACAUCCUUGAGUCUGAAGUUCCUGUGGCGUUGGAAUGGGGGCUUCCAUAUAGAUCAUCCUCCUCACUUCCAAUAACCAAUAAUACAGCUAGUUGUAUUGUUAAUCAUCCUUCUAACCGGAACACAACUUUUAGAUGUUCUUGCAAAAAAGGCUUUGAAGGGAAUCCAUAUCUUGAUGGAGGAUGUCAAGAUAUUAAUGAAUGCGAGCGCCAACUGUCACCUUGUUUCAACGAAUCCCAGAGUGUAUCCUGUGAAAAUACUUAUGGGUCUUUCUUUUGUUACAGUCGGCUAGUUGACCCUACGAAGCCUCCGGCUAGACUGGCCACUAUCGGUAUUAGCAGCGGCCUUGGGGUAUUAGUUCUACUUGUUGGUGGAUGGUGGUCCUACAAAGUGGUAAAAAAAAAGAGGAGGAUUAAACAGAAGAACAAGUUCUUCAAACGAAAUGGUGGUUUAUUGUUACAACAACAAUUAUCUUCACAUGAAGUUAAUGUUGAGAACACCAAAUUGUUUAGUUCAAAAGAUUUAGACAAGGCCACCGAUCGUUUUAAUGUGAAUAGAAUACUUGGCCAGGGAGGACAAGGUACUGUUUACAAAGGCAUGUUGGCAGACGGAAGAAUUGUUGCAGUGAAAAAGUCCAAGGUAAUUGAUGAAGGAAAACUCGGAGAAUUCAUUAAUGAAGUUGUCAUUCUUUCACAAAUUAACCAUAGGAAUGUGGUUAAGUUAAUUGGUUGUUGUUUGGAGACGGAAGUUCCUCUACUAGUUUACGAAUACGUUCCUAAUGGAACUCUUUUUCAAUAUGUCAAUGGCCAAACUGAAGAGUUUCCACUAACAUGGAAUAUGCGCUUACGAAUUGCAACAGAAGUUGCAGGAGCUCUCUUUUACUUACACUCAGCAGCUUCCAUGCCCAUUUACCAUCGGGACAUUAAAUCUACAAACAUACUCUUAGAUGAUAAAUACAGAGCUAAAGUAGCUGACUUUGGGACUUCAAGAUCCAUCACUGUUGAUCAAACUCACUUAACCACACUGGUGCAUGGAACUUUUGGAUAUUUGGACCCUGAGUAUUUUCAGUCAAGUCAGUUUACAGAAAAAAGUGAUGUUUAUAGUUUUGGUGUCGUCCUUGCUGAGUUGUUAACUGGAGAAAAAGCGAUCUCUUCAACAAGAACACAAGAAUCCAAAAGUUUAGCCACAUAUUUCAUUCAAUCGGUGGAUGAGAACAAUUUGUUUGAUAUUAUUGAUAGUCAAGUUUUGAAGGCAGGCAAGAAAGAAGAGAUCAUUGUGGUCGCAAACCUUGUGAAAAGGUGCCUGGACUUAAACGGAAAAAAACGACCUACAAUGAAAGAAGUUGCAAUGGAGUUGGAGGCAAUUCAAAUGUUGCAAAAAGCUCCUAACCUGGAGCAAAACUAUGAAGAGCUUGAAUAUGUCCAAGCAGAAAUGCACGGGCCGUGGGAUGUUACCUCAUCUACAAUUUCAACCUCAUCUGUAGACGCCCGACCAUUAUUAUCUUCUUAAUCAGUUUGAAUCAGUAUUUGCUUAAUGUCAUGUUGUAGCUAGUUGCAAAAAGCUCUAAGUUCAUUUUUAGUUUAAAUCAAGCCUUAAGCUGCUUUACUAA